UGGCGCUGCAGAACAACAAAACAGAUAAGACACAGAAGAAGAACAGUUCACAGGUUAUGUUUGGUUGUUAGGGCUGUCAAAAUGUCUGGCCAUGACCAUCUGGCUUUCUGCUUAUGUGAAAUAACAAGGUUAUUGUGGUCAUUGCUACUUCCACUAUUGUUUCUGUGCGUACUUUUGACGGCCGCACUGGUCCUACUCGUCGUUGGUGUGCGCUUCUGGCUGCAGGCCAACAGGAACGCAAGGAUAGCACGCGAUGGACGUCCUACAGUGGCCUUCUUCCACCCUUACUGCAACGCUGGUGGCGGCGGCGAGAGAGUUCUCUGGUGCUCCUUAAGAGCUCUGCAGAAUAGGUAUCCAGACCUGUCUUUCGUGGUAUACACGGGCGACCAGGGCGUGACCAGCCAUCAGAUUCUGGACGGAGCUAGUCGACGCUUCAACAUCCAGCUUCCACGACCGGUCCAGUUUGUUUUCCUGAGGCACCGUCUGCUAGUGGAGGCCAGCCUUUUCCCUCACUUCACCCUGCUUGGACAGAGUGUGGGCUCCAUCUUCCUGGGCUGGGAGGCCCUCACAGAGUUUGUCCCCGACCUCUACAUAGACUCCAUGGGCUAUGCCUUCACCUUGCCCCUGUUCCGCUACCUUGGAGGUUGCAGAGUAGCCAGCUAUGUGCACUAUCCCACUAUCAGCACAGACAUGCUGUCUGUGGUGCAGGAGAGGAACCCCAGGUUCAACAAUGCAGACUUCAUCUCUAACAACCUAUUCCUGAGUGCAGUCAAGGUGGUGUACUACUGCCUGUUUGCCCUUCUCUACGGUAUGGCUGGCUCCUGCAGUGACGUUGUCAUGGUCAACUCCACCUGGACCUUGGACCAUAUCCUG